GGCUAUCCAGCGACGACUUUCGCUCUCUACAACCGCCUUGAUCAUCCAAAAACCAUUUCGCAAUAUUGCAACUGUACUUUCGCAACCGUAUCUUUGCAGCAUCAUCUGUGCAACCGCAUCAUGCCCGGCCUCACAUUCAGUGACACGGCUGCCGUCGUCGGCAGUAUCUCCUCUUUGUUACUGGCUGGUGUCAACUUUUCGGCCUCCCAGCUGACGCUCCCGAUCUUAUACCGCAUCCCUGACGAGACGAGUACUUCCGUCUUCGAAGAGCUGUUCUAUCGUGGAGGCAUGGUCAUUGUCCCUUUGACGCUUUUCGCGACCCUCUGUACGGGAACCACGGCUUAUCUGGAACCGACUGCGAGAUCCGGAUAUACGGCAGCUGCGGUGGCCUCGUUCGCUUCAUUGCCGUUCACCGGUCUAUACAUGAGGCCGACCAUCCAGCGCCUGCUCAAGCUGGCGAACGAUGAGAAGGCCAGACAGAAGGCUGACGCCAAUGAGGCUGUGUCUCUCCUGAAGAGGUGGAGAUGGAUGAACUUCGUCAGAGCGGCACUUGCCCUGGUUGGAGGUGCCGUUGGACUUGCUGUGCUGUUGGGAGCCUGGUAAAGAACGAUGUCCACCCCCUCGACAAGAUCACAAGCCAUUCAGAAGUUCGUCUGAACGCUGUGGUUCAUGCAACGCCUGUCAGGAUCGAAUACGAGUUGACUUGUACUCGUACAAAUGACGGUCAAUUGGGAAGAGAUACGCAACGACUCGACAUAAACUUAAAUCUCAACAUCGUGAAUGAUCGAGCCCUGCAAGGACUGUCAUGAACUUG